GACCGGAGUGGUGUUCACUCGGCGGCGCGCCACGGCGCGACAUGCCCAGCUGAUGUUUAUUUAUACCGCGAGCUCGGCGGAGGGCGCGCGCGGGAGGCCCUCCCCUCCGCGGCACCACGGUUUCGCGUGAUGCAGCCGAGCGAGCUAGCCGACACCGCGCACGCCGCUAGCGGAAAUCCCCCGCAGAGUGGCCUCAACGGUGGCCGAUUCGACUUUGACGAUGGUGGCACAUAUUGUGGCGGUUGGGAGGACGGCAAGGCCCACGGCCACGGAGUGUGUACCGGCCCGAAAGGACAGGGGGCGUACGCCGGCUCCUGGCACUUCGGUUUCGAAGUAUCCGGCGUCUACACCUGGCCCAGUGGCAGUUCAUAUGAGGGGCAAUGGCAAAACGGCAAGCGACAUGGUCUUGGCGUUGAGUCACGCGACCGGUGGUUGUACCGCGGGGAGUGGACGCAGGGCUACAAGGGCCGCUACGGCGUCCGGCAAAGCAGCACGAGCAAUGCCAAAUAUGAGGGUACUUGGGCGAGCGGCCUACAAGAUGGAUACGGCUCAGAAACAUAUGCAGAUGGCGGCACGUACCAAGGACAAUGGAUGCGAGGUCUCAGGCAUGGGUACGGAGUGCGAACAUCCGCCCCCUUCGGCCUGGCAUCGCAUUACCGCGGGGGUUCGCGCGACCACCGUGGCUCACUCUCAUCGUUGGCGGAGGCGACGGGCACGCCGGACCCUUCCGACCGAAGAACCACCCGCAUGGACGAGGCCAGAGGCGGUUUCGUGCUUAAGGCCAGCUCGGACGAGCCUACGGGAAGACGAGGUUCACUCGUCGAAAAAACUAAGAAGGGCCUUUUUGCUAAACUCCGUAAACAGCGAAGCGCGGGCGAGUUGGACAAGCGGGGUGGUGGGUCAGUCCGCUCGGGAGGUUCUGGCGGGUCGGCCGCGUCCUGGGUGUCUUCCGUCGAGAGCACACACUCCGCUGCCACGCGCGGCUCCUUCCACACCAAUUCCAAUACCAGCUUCAUUGUCGAGGAUGAACACUUGGAUGCUAGUGUGACCGAAACUUAUUUGGGCGAAUGGAAGAAUGACAAACGUACGGGGUUCGGUGUGAGUGAGCGGAGUGAUGGUCUUCGAUAUGAGGGCGAAUGGUUCGCAAAUAGAAAGUAUGGCUAUGGAGUUACUACCUUUAGAGAUGGGACGAGGGAGGAGGGCAAAUAUAAAAACAAUGUACUCAUCACAAGCCAGAAGCGGAAACACAUGUUCCUCAUGCGAUCGGCAAAGUUUCGGGAACGAGUUGACUCAGCAGUGAAUGCAGCACAACGUGCAUCGAAAAUAGCACUACAAAAGGCCGACAUUGCCACCUCUAGGACAGCCACAGCAAGAGGAAAAGCCGAACAAGCCGAUGAAGCGGCAGACCAAGCUAAAGAAGACUGUGAUAUAGCACAAACAACUGCGAAGCAGUUCGCACCAGACUUUAAGCACCCUGGCUUUGAUCGUAUAGGUUUAAGAGAGAAAUAUAGACAGAAAAUAUACGAAUCACAGGUCGCUCCUGUGACUCAAGGAUCCGAUAAAACCAUGGACGGCAAGAGCAUUCCAAAUCAUAUCCCUCCGAUGCAUUCACAACUUCCUCAAACAAAUAAAAUGCCAAAUGCGGUGACUUCGAGAAGGCCGUCAGGCCAAUAUCCUAAUAUAGGACAAACAGUUGACCCAAGAAUAUCCAAUAGUCCCAGUUAUGGUACCGAUGUCAGAAAUAUUGGUCCUCAGUAUGAUCAAUUUUACAAACCAAACCAAGAUACUUGGGUUCCGCCUGGAAGUACACAAAAUCAACCUAGUGGGUAUAACAUAACAUCGCCAGAUGGUCAACUUCCAGCAUCAUCUUCUUAUAGAUUACAACAACAGCAACAACAACAGCAACAACAACAUAUUGAUCAAAUGAACCAACAAUUCCAAAAUCAAAAUCGCAGACCUUCGGCUUCCAUACGGCCACCAAUAAAUCAGAGACCAUCCCAAGACUGGACUUCCCCAGCGGGAAUUGUACGCAGGCAAAGCGUUCUCGCUUUACCAACGCACGAUUCACAAGGUAAUCUUUAUACGGAUGGAAGUAUGGCGGCCUAUGCCAGAAACGAACUCCGUACCGGUACAGUACAUUCAGAAGGACCUCUUGAUAGAAGUGCAUUAAAUACAGAGUCUCAAGGUUACCGACAGGCAAUCGAUCCGCAGGGUUAUAGACAACCACUGGAUCAACAAAGCUAUAGACAAGCACCAGAACAACAGAUGUAUCGACAACCUCCUAUGGACCAACAAGGCUACAGACAAACGCCAGAUAAACAAAUUUAUCGACAACAAGCAAUAGACCAAUCAUCUUAUCGUACUCCUGCAACGGAGCAAGACAUUAUUAACGGAGAUCGUGAGCAGCGGCCACCUGGGAGUCGGCCUUCUAUUGACUACUUUGACCACUAUAAAAGACCUCCAAGUAGAGAUUCCAGUGUGGAUCGAUACGGUAGGCGAUCGCGACAACCAUCAGUGGAGGCUGUGCCUCCUGGCAGCGGCUCACGGGCUGGAUCCGUCGCGCCUCAGCCCAUGUCGACAUCCCGCCCUCCGUCUCGAGCCGGUACUCCUGCAGGCAACGGGCACUUAGCUUCCGGUAGAGGGUCAAUUUCACGCGCGUCUUCGAGAGAUAACCAGCCUUUCGAAGAAUCACUAUUACGGAAAAGAACACUAGGACAAGACAUUUCACCCUCACCGUAUCAACCGAAAAGAACAGAAAGCCUGUUUGUAGCACAAAAUCCCGCGCCGCCACCUGCUGCGCCUGUAGGUGGGGGUGGAGGGGGAGGAGGAGGAGGACGAAAGCGUUGUUAUACAAUGUGGUAUCAAGGAGGAGAUGAGGAUGAAGACGACGACCUUAUGUGCUCGCCAGCUAUACUUGCACGGAGAGCUUCUGAAAGCUGGAUAAAUGUCCCUCCCGUCGAGAUGCUCAGCACUCCUCAAACGCUACAACGCAAGAAAUCGCUGCCAGACGUAGCGGGUAUGCCUAGACUGCCGGACGGUGGAGGAAUGUCGCGAGAAGAGGUCUCUGCGUUAGGCUCUGCACGACGCGAGGAGGUUCGGCGCAUGCACGAAGAGACCGAAAAACUAAGAGCCAACCCCCUUCUCUACUUAGUUAGUCCACAAGUAAAGGACUGGUUCUCGCGGCAGCAACUAGUGAUCCUUGUACUGUUCAUAAACAUCUCGUUAGGCAUCAUGUUUUUCAAGUUGCUCACGUAGCGUCGGCGGGCGGCGCAAGCGCGCCUCUUCUCGCAGUGUGACGUUGCACGUGUACAUAACAUUUUGUAUAAUAAACUUCGACACCGCCCAAACAAUGCCCGAUGUGAAAAUACUUCUUAAGUUAAUCACUACAUAAUCUAAACCCCUUUAAACUAUUAAAUCUUACCAUCCAAAACGAUUUUAUUUAUAAGGACUUCGAUUUGCUAGUGUACUUUUAUUAAAGUUGUGAAAGUGUGAAAAGCGAGAAAAAAAUAUGGAUAUAAAGUGCAAAUAUGCCCCACCCUCGACGAGUCAAUAUAAAUUCUUAUGGUGUGAGAGUGAGAUUUUUGUGACCACUAGACGAAAACUUCGAAUGUAAGAUGCACGAUUUACUCAAGAACCUGCAUAUUGUAGGUUUUCGCCCUUCUUGUAAUAUUAAAUGCUUGCCUUACUAAAUACAUACAUUUAGGUAGAAAUAAAACGGAACGCAAAUUAGUGAUGAUGAUGAGCGAAGAAUUUUCUAAGGAACAUUUAAAUAAUGAGACCAUAAUAUUGUAAUAUUUAUGGGUUUAUAUAUAAACCUUCUAUACUUCCGGCGGUCCAAAAUAAUUUUAAUUUCAGGCUCUGUUGUAAAUUUCUUACACCUUCAGAGGUAGAAAAUAUAUUAUUGUCGAUGUUUGUUUGUAUAUUUCUAUUGUAUAUUUUAUUGUGGCAAAA